CCCCACACCCCCUCACAGCCACCCUCCCCUAGUACUCUCUAUCCUCGGCCAAAGGCUGGCUGGGUGUCGGGGGGGAUAGGUGGGACAGUAGGGGAAACACAUCGCCCCUCUCAUGGAGCCGUCCUCUUAAACCACUGGGCCGAAACACGCGAGAAACCGAACCCGAAGCCGGGCCUCCUCCGCUGGGUUCACCUCCUCCCACCUCCUCCCGCCUCCCUCUACUGCCCAGGUUUGGUGCUGUGUUGUGACCAGAGAGGGACUCCGCGGGGAAGCGGGGGAAGGUUCCUGACCCGGUCCGGGGCGGAGGAAUGUGGCUAAGCCCCGUCCGCUGGGUGUGUUGGAGCGGCUCGCCGAGACCCGGAGAGGGAGAGAGCGAAUAGUCCCGCAGAGGGAGAGAGCGAAUACUUCAGGGAGAUCCCACCGCCGCCGCCGCCGCCGCCGGGACCCCCCACCCUCACCCCUGCUGAGCGACUGCGCUGAGGAGCACGGCCAUCCCCAGUCCGGGAAGAGGGCAGGAAGGAAGGUGGCGUUGUUUCAGGUACAACGCUGGGCUCCAUGGAUGUAACGGAGGACCAGAGAGCGGAGGUCCGCGGGCUCAACGCCCGCCUGAAGGGCUUCCUGGAGCACAUGGAGAGGCUGCAGGACACCAACGCGCGGCUGGAGGGGCAGAUCGCCGACUGGGGGGCGAGGAACGGCGCCGUGCUGAGGGACUGGUCCCAGGAGGAGAGCACGGUCAACGGCCUGCGAGCUCAGGUGGGUCAACUUCUGGUGGAGAACGCCCAGCUGGCGCUGCAGUCGGAUGGCAUGAAGUCCAGAGCGGCUGCCAUACAGGCCAGGUGUGAGAGCGAGGAGCAGCAGACCCAGCGUCUGGAGCUGCAGGUGGGGCAGCUCAGAGAGACCCGGGCCCGGGCCGAGGAGUCCAACGGACGGCUGAAGGCCGACCUCUGGCACUCCAUGACCGAGCUGGAGGGCAUGAAGGAGGACUACCAGGCACGCUGGUCCCUGCAGCAGCAGCAGCAGCAGCAGCAGUGGAGCAGCUCCUGUGAUGCUCUGCUAGCGUCCGCCGCCGCCACAACAGCAGCAGGGCAGGAGGAGGAUGGCAGAGGGAUGGAGCUCGCCCAGCUCCUCGACCGAUUCAGAGCGCAGUGCGGCCAGCUCGCCCCCGGCGCGGGAGCCCCCGGCCGGGCAGCCUUCUCAACUCAAGCCCCGGGCUCGACGGGGCCCGGGGGCUUCGGAGGAGCUAGAUCUGCGGCGGCGGCGGCGUCGUCAUCACCGCUGCCGCUGUCGUCAUCGUCGGCAACAGCAGAAACAAACGGAGGAGCGUUCCCCGAGGAGGAGGCAGCGUGGGUGCAGGUGAACCUGGGGGGCGCGGCCCUGAGGGAGGCCCGGGCGGAGCUCAGCGAGGCCAGGAAGCAGUGGAACACCCUGCAGGUGGAGAUCCAGACGCUGCACGCCCUGGAGAAAGGUCUGGAGGGCUCUCUGGUGCACACCCAGCAGCUGUACUCCAGCCAGCUGCAGGACCUGUCCCAGGUGAUCGGCCGCCUGGAGGGGGAGCUGGAGCAGGUGCGGGACGGCCUGGCCGGCCAGCGGCAGAGGCACCGGGUGCUGCUCAACACCAAGAUGAGGCUGGAGCACGAGAUCACCACCUACAGGCGGCUGCUGGACCGGGAGGAGGGCAGGUACAUGGUUAGAAACGGACAGGCGGUCAGCCUACAGCCCUGGAGGGGCCCCUCCGCGGGCCCCAAGGAGAACGGCCUCGAGACGGAGGUCAGCGACCCCUCCCUCAGCGACCCCUCCCUCAGCGACCCCGCCCUCAGCGACCCCGCCCUCAGCGACCCCUCCCUCAGCGACCCCGCCCUCAGCGACCCCGCCCUCAGCGACCCCGCCCUCAGCCCGGACGAGCCCCGCUCCGAGCCGCUGCCGGACAUCCCCCCGCUGCUCCUCCCGGACCCCGGCCACAAGAGGAGCUCCAUGCUGCGGCGACAGCAGAGCCUGGUGGUGCUGACGGACCCGGAGCGGGGCGGAGAGCUGCGGAUCCCCAUGGUGAAGACCCAGGAGUUCCUGCAGGGCAACGUGGUGCGGGAGGGCGCCGAAGGCCACGGCACCAUAGAGACGGAGCAGAUCGACCGGGCCAUCCGGCAGUGGGAGGGCUCCUUCUUCAAGGGGAACCCCAAGCUGAGGAAGAAGUCGGUGUCGCUGCGCUUCGACCUGCACAUGGCCGCCAACGACCAGGGCGGCGGCCAGAGCGGGCCGAACAGCCUGCCCGACGUGGAGGUCCGCCUGGUGAUGAAGAGGUCUCGCAGUAUCCCCACCAUCACCUAGG